GACGGCUUUGCGGAGCUGUGCCAUUUGAAUUUCAGCACAGACGUCCACACACUGCACUCUCCAUUUCUGGCGCGUCUCCCAGCGCAGAGUUUAGCUGAGGCUCGGGCUCAGUUUUCCCUCCUCUCUCUCCCUGCAGUGACAGCUUCCCCGGGCUCCGCGAGCCAGGACUCCCAAGCCAUCAUGGAGGAUACUACUUUGCAAAUUAUCGAGCCACCAACUGCUUCUGAGACCUCUGAGGAGCCAGUGCCCGAAGAACCCAUCAAAGCGGACCAGAUCAAUGGCGUGAUGGUGCUGACCCUUCUGGACAAGAUCAUCGGAGCGGUGGAUCAGAUCCAGCUGACCCAAACCCAGCUGGAGGAGAGACAGCAAGAGAUGGAUGGCGCAGUGACCAGCAUCCAGGGCGAGCUGACCAAGCUGACGAAGGCACACACCACCACCAGCAACACCGUGAACAAGAUGCUGGAGAAAGUGCGCAAGGUGAGCGUCAACGUGAAAACGGUCCGGCAGAACCUGGAGAAGCAAGCGGGGCAGAUCAAGAAGCUGGAGGCCAACGAAGCGGAGCUGCUGAAACGCAGAAACUUCAAAGUCAUGAUCUACCAGGAGGAGAUAAUGGAUGGCCCGUGCAACAAGCUGCGGUUCCCAAGCCGAGAGCGGGCCGCGUUCCUCGGGGAGCGGCAGUGCCAGCGCUUGCGUCUGCGCUCCUCCGAGGAGAAUGUGGAAACGAGCACGAGCACAAGCUCUGACGAGACGCAUGGGACAGGGAGCCGGGCACCUAAAUACGAGCCCUCAGCAAAAAUAGAUGAACCCCUCGUGGGCACGCAGCUGGAGAAGGGCCUCAG